UGAUCUGACGGGAACAGCAAAGGAAAGUAACUGCGAACAGUGUGACAAUGUAAGACCUGGACACGACUCAGUCCCAGUUUGAUUGUCCCUGCACGCUCUCAGCUGUCGGGCCUCUCAGUUUCAGAGACGCCAUGAUCCUCCAUUUCUGCCCCCACUGUGGCACCAAGCUGCAGGCCGGAUUCAAGUUCUGCCCUUCCUGCGGGGAGAAGCUUCCCUGCGACGGAGACACUGAGUCCCAGACCGCCCAGAAGCACAACGUGAACUCCUCGAAGCUCUCAGACAUGACCGUUGGAGGCACUGCCCUUAGCCGCCCCCCAAUGCACAGGACUCGCCAGGCUGCAUCUAGGGGUGGGCGACAGGGUGGCAUCAGCUCCCAGAUUGCACCACCUCUUGCUUUGGCCCAGGAUCCUCUGGUCACAGGUCAGAGCACUUGGCCCUUGGUGUCACCACAGAAACUCCAGGUGUCCUCAAAAGUGAAACAGGAAAAGGACUUGAGCUCAGAAGCCCUGAUGACAGGGGGCAGCAAGUCAUCAUCUGCAGCUCAAAGCCCUGAAGCCUCUUCAUCUCCACAGAAGCGAAAGAGGGGGUCCCUGGUAGUGAAGCAGGAGGAGGCGCUGAGCCCUUUGCCCUCAUCUUCCAGCUCCACUAGAUCGCCCUCUGCUGCCAAAGGCAAAGCAAAGAAAGCAAAACGGGUGAACUCCCUGGAGCCACUGCCUGAGAGCGAGCAGUUGAGUGACACAGCUGGCAGGAAGUGGAUACUGCUGGAACUCUUGAGUCAAAAUGAGGCGGAGCUUGUCUACGCAGUCCAGCAGGUGACCGCGAGAGGGUCCUCACUGGGCUACGAGUACAUCCUGAAGCUGGGUGCCAAGGAUGGGAGGAUCUUCAACGAGCAGAACUUCCUGCAGAGAGCGGCCAAGCCUGCAUCAGUGGAGAAGUGGAAGAAGCUCAACAAGAUGAACUUCCUGGGCAUCCCUGUCUGCGAGGGCUUUGGACUGCAUGCAGACACAUACCGGUUCCUGAUCUUCCCCAAUAUGGGCCGGACCUUGCAGUCACUCUUGGAGGAGCAAGGAGAGCUGCUCUCCCAGAAGGCCGUGCUCCAGCUUGCCUGCCAUAUGCUGGAUGUGCUGGAGUACAUCCAUGAGAAUGAAUACGUACACGCAGACAUCCACGCUGAGAACGUGUACGUGAACCCAGCAGACACCACACAGGUGUACCUGGCAGGGUACUGCCACGCCUUCCGCUACUGUCCAGGAGGGAAGCACGUGGAAUACCGAGAGGGCAGCCGCACACCACACGAGGGUGCCAUGGAGUUCAUCAGCAUGGACUUGCACAAAGGAGUUGGCCCUUCACGCCGCAGUGACCUCCAGGCUCUAGCCUACUGCAUGCUGCGGUGGCUGACUGGACACCUGCCCUGGAGCGCACUGACCAACAGCCCAUCCAGGGUCGCCGUGGAGAAGGAGAGGUAUGUGAAUGAUGUCCAGGCCCUGCUGAGACACUGUUUCGGGAAGAAGAUAGUUCCAGGUGCUGUGCAGCUCUACCUGUCCCAGGUUAUGGCACUCCAGUACACUGAGCAACCAGACUACCAGCAGCUCCGGGAGGGUCUACAGGAGGCCUUGAAACAACAGGGGGCAUCACAACACCAGCCUCUUGACAUGAAGCUCUGACCAGCACAAAUGAAGAUCCAGGUGAAGCUCCUGCUGUAAGACAGUCCAGCUGCAUCCUGGGCUCCUGUGGUCCUGCAGUCAUGUAAUUCUUUACAGUUCUAACAGGCUAGCUCACUGGGAGAGAGACAGAGAGUGUGGUUGUCCCUCUAGCACAGGUGGGGGCAGGGUUCUCUGGAUUUAAGUUGUUAGUGUUUGUUCAGGGUUUACAGAGAGGGGAGUUUUCAAUAUUUCCAUUUCAUUAUGGUAGAUUUUUAUGAGGUUGUAUGAAUUAUGGGGGUAUAUGAAUUAUUGGUCUUGACCUGGGAGAUUAACCGCCUGUUCAUAAUUUAAGCUUUUAAGUGUUUUCCACAACUGUUUUAGUCUUUGCUGUGUUUUUAAAGUUUUUGUAAGACACUGAAUUAAAAGGUUUACUAUAUUUUGACCACAGAGUACUAGUUAGUCCUAAUCACUAAGCUUUCCACUGCACUCAUGCUUUACACCCUUUUGUAGCCAACAUUUGCAAGGGGCUUUCAUUAGUACAUUUACAUUUAUUAAUUUAGGAGACACUUCUCAAAGCUGUAUA